AUGAGGUUGGCCACCAUUGUUGCUCUUAUCGGACUCGUUGCAUGUUGUGGGACAGCUUGUGGCACUGCAAUAGCCGCAGCCUCGAAUUCCAAGACUCACCAUCCAUUCAUCGCUGAAGAAUCGCCGACUACCCAGCACGAGAAGAGAUUCCUAAGACGUCAUGGUGAUAGUCUUGAGGACGACGAAGCUGCCAGCGAAGCAAGAGGGCUCAAAAGUGCUGCUGAAUCUGUUCGAAAGGCGUUAUACAAGGUCAAAUUCCCGGGCUGGCUUGCCACGGGCAGAAAACCAGAAGAAGUCCGGGAGAUUCUAAAAAUCACUUUCCCUUACGUCGACCACAAGAACUGGAAGAUUUUAAAGAGCUACCAAAAAGCCUACAACAGCUUUCAAAAUAGCCUGCACCCGGCCGGAAUGUGA